UUCCUGUUGUGCCCGCGCCCGGCCGCCGCCACCGCCGCCGCCGCCGCCGCCGCCACCGCCAGUGCCAGCCGCACCGCCGUCCGGGCCUCUCGCCCACCGCCCGCGGCCCUCAGUGGGCGCCGCCCAUGGAUUUCACUUAGCACCGGUGGCCAUGGCGGCGCAGUGCUGCUGCCGCAAGGCGCCCGGAGCCGAAGGCGCGCCCGCCCGCCCGCCGCCCGAGCCGCCGCCCGCCCUGGACGUUGCCUCGGCCUCCAGCGCGCAGCUUUUCCGCCUCCGCCACCUGCAGCUGGGUCUGGAGCUGCGGCCGGAGGCGCGUGAGCUGGCCGGCUGCCUGGUGCUGGAACUGUGCGCGCUGCGGCCCUCGGCCCGCGCGCUCGUGCUCGACGCGCACCCGGCCUUGCGCCUGCACUCGGUCUCGUUCCGCCGCGCCUCUGCCGCCUCCGAGUCGCCCUGCACCUUCGCCUUCCCUGCCCCAGAGUUGGGUCCCCCGCUGCCCGCCUUCGCCGAUGCGCCCGGCGCGGAGUCCGCCAUCUGCCCGCUGGCCUUCAGGCUGGACCCGUUCACCGACUAUGGCUCCUCGCUGACCGUCACACUGCCUCCCGAGCUCCUGGCGCACCAGCCCUUCCAGGUCAUACUGCGAUACACCUCGACCGACGCCCCCGCCGUGAGUCCUACCCUGAUCUGGUGGCUGGACCCAGAGCUGACCUAUGGCAAUGCCAAGCCUUUCGUGUUCACCCAGGGCCACUCUGUGUGCAACCGUUCCUUCUUCCCCUGCUUCGAUACACCUGCCGUCAAGUGCACCUACUCGGCUGUUGUCAAGGCCCCGUUAGGGGUACAGGUGCUGAUGAGUGCAACUCGGAGCAUGUACGUAGAGGAGGAAGGCGUCUACCACUUCCACAUGGAGCACCCCGUACCUGCCUACCUCGUAGCCCUUGUGGCCGGAGACCUCAAGCCAGCAGACAUUGGACCUAGGAGCCGUGUGUGGGCUGAGCCAUGCCUCCUGCCCACGGCCACCAGCAAGCUCUCAGGUGCUGUGGAAGAGUGGCUGAGUGCAGCAGAACGCUUAUACGGACCGUACAUGUGGGGCAGAUAUGACAUCGUUUUCCUGCCACCCUCCUUCCCCAUCGUGGCUAUGGAGAAUCCUUGCCUCACCUUCAUCAUCUCCUCCAUCCUUGAGAGUGAUGAGUUCCUGGUGAUAGACGUCAUCCACGAGGUAGCCCACAGCUGGUUCGGCAACGCUGUCACCAAUGCCACCUGGGAGGAGAUGUGGCUGAGCGAGGGCCUGGCCACCUACGCACAACGCCGCAUCACCACGGAGACCUAUGGAGCUGCCUUCACCUGCCUGGAGACAGCCUUCCGCCUGGAUGCCCUGCACAGGCAGAUGCGGCUUCUUGGGGAGGAUAGCCCGGUUAGCAAGCUGCAGGUCAAGCUAGAACCAGCUAGCUACUGCCCCAGCUUCAGCAUGCAGGACACAGCUGCAUCCACGUCCAGCUGCAUCCUAGGUGUCCCCGCAGGAGUGAACCCCAGCCAUCUGAUGAACCUGUUCACCUAUGAGAAGGGCUACUGCUUCGUGUACUACCUGUCCCAGCUCUGCGGAGAGCCUCAGCGCUUUGACGACUUUCUUCGAGCCUAUGUGGAGAAAUACAAAUUCACCAGUGUGGUGGCCCAGGACCUGCUGGACUCCUUCUUGAGCUUCUUUCCUGAGCUAAAGGAGCAGAGCGUGGACUGCCGGGCAGGGCUGGAGUUCGAGCGCUGGCUCAAUGCCACAGGCCCACCACUGGCUGAGCCAGACCUGUCUCAGGGGUCCAGCCUAACCCGGCCUGUAGAGGCCCUCUUCCAGCUGUGGACUGCAGAGCCCCUGGAGCAGGCAGCAGCUUCAGCCAGUGCCAUUGACAUCUCCAAGUGGCGGACCUUCCAGACAGCACUCUUCCUGGACCGGCUGCUGGAUGGAUCCCCGUUGCCCCAGGAGGUGGUGAUGAGCCUGUCCAAGUGCUACUCGUCCCUGCUGGACUCCAUGAACGCUGAGAUCCGAAUCCGCUGGCUGCAGAUCGUCGUCCGCAAUGACUACUAUCCUGACCUUCACAGGGUCCGCCGUUUCCUGGAAAGCCAGAUGUCGCGAAUGUACACCAUCCCGCUGUAUGAGGACCUCUGCACUGGGGCCCUCAAGUCCUUCGCACUCGAGGUCUUCUACCAGACACAGGCCCGGCUGCAUCCAAACCUGCGCAGAACCAUCCAGCAGAUCCUGUCCCAGGGGCUAGGCCCCAGUGCUGAACCCAUUGCAGAGCCCAGCACAGAGCUGGGCAGUGCUGAGGCAGAUGCGAACCCAGACUCGCCAGCCCUGCUGCUUGGGGAUGAGGCCCCCAGCAGCACCAUCUCUCUCAGGGACGUCAAUGUUUCUGCCUAGCCUUGAUGGUGACUGACCCUCGACCUCCCAGACACCACAAUUGUGCCUUUUGUGGUCCGGGCCGCCAUGACUGCGCCUUGGCUCUGGCCACGAGCUCUGCCCGGGACCAUAAGCCCCUCCCAUUGGCGCCAGGCCAGGGGCAUGGGGAAAAGGAUCUUGUGUCCAUUGAGGCCCAUGUACCAGAGCCUACUCUGUCCCUGUUCUCUUGCACUGCAGGCCCCAGGGCUGGCCUAUACCCACCAUGCCUCCUGUCUCAACACUGACAGCCAUGCCUCACCCUGGAAGCCAGUAUCUGCUGAACACUGCCUUGGGGACAGUGACCCCAGCAGUCUCACAGCAACAACCACAAUGUGCCUUACAUGUGCCAGAGGCCCAGGAUGCACAGUCCUGGAAGUGUGCUUCCCUGUAGAACCCUGUGUCUGGCCCCUGGGCUAGAAACCUUGCUUCAAGGACAGAGGGAAGAGGGGCAAGGACACUGGCAUUUCAUCAGCAUGAGGGCAGAGGACAGAAGGAGAGGAUGGAACUCUCAAGCAGGCCUCAGUUUCUGCAGUCCAGGCCCCAGAGGUACAGAGAAGGAUGGUCUGUCUCUGUGGCUACCUUGGUACCAUCGGUGCUCUCUGUAACCUGCUUGUUGGGAGAGACACCAGGCUUGGGCUUCAGCCUGGGACCACUGCAGCAGGAACCAUGGUGACUGUCCAUUAAAUCUCCAUUCUGCAGACCUGA